CUCUUCCAUUUAUCACACAACCUCUUUACUUAUCGGUCGUAAAGAAUCGCCAUCUUGUCCCCUCUCUUUCCUGCAGUGCAUUUUUGUGAUGGGAGAUAUUUGGGAGCGCGCGUCACGUGGACGCGCAUGUUUACGCAUUUGAGACCGUUAUAUCACGUCCUCUUUCGCGUCGAUACCGCGAAUUGAUCCGCCGCGUGCGGAAACGUCGUAUCAGGACGUAUCGAGUAUAUGGGGAUAUUGUGGCAGGAGGGGUCCUGAUGCGUGGGCCUCAGGUGUUCGCAGCGUGGUCUCAUUGACAGUCGGUCGGCGGGCACCGUUCUCGGUGUUUGACGCGGAUGUGUCCUCGCGGACGGUUUUUCGCACAGCCGCCAGGAAUGCGCGCGGUGCUUCGCGCGGGCACCGGUGAGAUCUCGCGGCGCGAUUAUGCUCUCACGCUUUCAUGGGAUACUCGCUCUGUGUAUCGUCACGGUAGCCGGGACGUCGCAUUCGUCGGCGGGGCGAUGCGGUCGCGUCGCUUGCGCCUUGAACACCAUCGGUGUGCUUCUCACCUUGCCGGGGAUCACGCAUCAAUGGUCAUUCCUGGGACUGGCCUUUUGGCCGCAACAAACGACGGAUAAACCUGCGUCCAACGAGCUCGCGGAGCCGACGGAUGGAUUUUCACUGAGGGUGUUAAACUUCUUUCCCGUUCCGGUGGAGGAGGAGUGCCUGUCCGAGGACAAACGACGUCAGGGAAUAUGCAUGAACACAUACGAGUGCCGCAUCCAGCACGGAAUGUCCCACGGACCGUGCGCGCUCGGAUUCGGUGUGUGCUGCAUAUUCACGGCAAGCUGCGACAGUGAGGUACAAAAUAAUCUGACCUACGUGACCAGUCCUGGUUUUCCCAACCUCAUCGACCGGCCUAUGAACUGCUCGGUGGUUGUACGGAAGAUCGAUACCGAGGUCAGCCAGCUAAGGAUCGACUUUGUCCAUUUCAACAUUGGCCAACCGAAUGCGAUGACCGGCGUGUGUGACGAGGAUGUCAUGCUGAUUAACAAUGGUAGGACAUCCUUCGAGUUGUGCGGCUGGAACAGCGGGCAGCAUGUAUACGUGGACGUGAGCGAAGGCAACGAACCGAUCACUUUAAACUUCCGGCUGCCGGGCGGACUGCAGUCACGAAUGUGGGAGAUGCGCGUGCUGCAACUGGGUUUCGAGCAGCGCGCACCGGUCGGCUGUCUCCAAUACUUUCGCACGCCAAACGGCACCCUCAGGACAUUCAAUUAUCUGCCGAACGGCAGAUACCUCGCCGAGCAAGAUUACCUAUUGUGCGUGCGUCAGGAGCGGGACAUGUGCGGCAUCGCAUAUCAGCCGUGCACUCGAGACUCUUUUCGGAUAGGACCCAGCAGGUCGCCGGAAACGUCGUCGAACGCGGCCGGAAACGCCUCCGUCGCAGCUGUCGAUCCGAACGUCGCCUCCGGACCGACGACGUCCGCGAACAAUCCCGACGCGGACGUGGCCGUCGCCGAGGGCUCGGGUGCGGGAUCGCCCGAGCAGCAGCAGACCAUGUUCCUCUCCGGCGCGAGUCCGCCGUCGUCGUCGUCGUCGUCGUACGGCGGCAGGCGUUGCCAGGACAGGAUUCUCAUCCCCUGCGACUUUGAGGAAUUCAUCACGCCCGGAAAUAACAUGGCGGGUAUCUGCAAUCUGGAGCACUGCGGCAAUUCGUUGUGCAGUCGGGACGAGCUCGACGCGGACGAUAACUGUCGAGUGGAGACUUGGUCGACGCCCUUCCGCAUCAGAGUGGCCUUCGGUCCCGGCGGUAAUACGGCCGGCACUCUAGAGGACAACACCGGCAUGUGUCUCGUGUACCAACAGUUGCCCUGCGUGGCUUGAACCUCGCGCGUUUGUACCUCCUGCGACGAGAACACGCCGUCCAGACGAUCUAUGAAUAAGAGGAGCCGAGGAGGACGUUACUCUCCCUCCGAUACCCCUCGCCGAUUGCACAAGGUGUGCCGCCGGUCUCUCUCUCUCUCUCUCCCUCCCUCCCUCCCCCUCUCUCUCAUGUUGCGUUAUCGCGCGUGAGAAAUGUAUUUAUCACGUUACGUCCUGGCAUAUCUCUCGCAAUUUUCUCCGCCUGCGGAAGCGCUUUGGAAGAAAGCGAUUAGACCUCUGACGGGAGGGAUGGAAUGGAAUAUUCUGGAGGGGGGGAGGGGACCUCACGCGAGAAGGGCGAUCAAUUAACAACGCGACGAGUCAAAGAGUCAAAUAGUUUUUUUUUAUUUACAAAUGAACUAGCUUAUAUAUAUAUAAAUCGUAAACGCAGCGCACAACUCUCGAUACAGUGAUAGAUAUAUAAUUCGCCUUUGUGUCCCGCUUCUUGUAUUUUUCUUUUCUUUUAUUUAUUUAUUUGUUUAUUUAUUUAUUUAUUUAUUUAUUUAUUUAUUUAUUUACUUAUUUAUUUUUUCUUAAUUCUUCUGGUCGAAUACUCGUCACGAUCAUCGGCUACGAUACGCAGUGUAAUUUAAUCACGGUUCACCAUCAUCAUCAUCAUCGUCGUCGUCGU